AUGGAGGGUGAUACAGUUGUUAAAGCCAGCCUUUGCAAUGAAGAAGUGAACUCGAAUUAUUCAAGAAAGGAGAUGAACAGCCGUCGUUUUGCUAACAGCGUUCCACGGAAAACUGCCGAAAUCUCGGGUGCAGAGCAUUCUUGUACAGGGAAGACCCGUGUGGGACGUUUUACCUCGUUGUUAUUGGGAGCUUGGUUCUUCUUCCAAUGCCUCAUAUGUUACGCAGUUCUUUUCGCUCUUGUCAUUCCUUCAUUCCCAGUCAUUGCUGUACUUUUCAUUUUAAAAACGGUUGAGCAAGUUAUGGCAAAGACCACCAAUGGCGGAAUUGCCUUGAACGCUUCGGAUGCUCUAUGGCAACAAAGUUCAGAUGUAAACCGCCUCGCAAUAAACGCUUUGAUUUGCGUGGAAAACACUCACAGCUUCGACGAAGGAAUGAAAAGCUUUCGUAGGGCCAUUCUAGAACGCAUGGUAGACGCUAAGAAAGAGAACGGAGAGCUUAUUUACCCUAGAGCUCGAUCCUACAUUCGCCCCGGAUUUUUCCAGUACUUUUUUCAGGAAGACAAAUCCUUCAGUAUUGAAAACCAUGUUUUCAAAUGGGAGGGUGAAGUACCGACCUCAAAAGACGAGCUUGCAGCCAUAGUUUCCAAGCUGAGUAAUGAUCCUUUCCCUGAGGGAAGAUCUCCAUGGUGUUUUUGCUGUGUCCCAACAAAUUAUGGUGAUAAAAACCUUGCAGUGGUUUUCAGAAUGAGCCAUUCUAUUGCUGAUGGGGUUUCUCUGACACGGUUUCUUAUUAACCAACUUCCAGACCAGGCAACACCACAAAAAGAACCCCAAAAGUUUUCCUCUAGUGGAAGGUUAUUCCUACUGGCCAAAGCAGCAUUGAUCACGCCCAGAUACUUUGUGAGACUGUUUCUUUCAUUUGCUGACUGUUCCAUUUUACAUGGACCAAAGAUCAGUGGGGUUAAAAAGGUCACUUGGCAAGAGGCAUUUGAGCUUAAGCUGAUCAAACAGAUCAAGACAGCUACAGGAACAACAGUCAAUGAUGUUCUAAUGUCCUGUCUAACCUUAGCACUGAGAAGGUACUUCCAGAAGAAAGGUGUGGUUAACCCUUAUGACCUCACUGCGUCAAUUCCUGUAGAUGUCCGAUCGUCAGUUUCUGCAAAGGAAAUGGCCUUUGAAAAUAAAUUCUCAUUAAUUUUCCUCAAACUGGCGGUGGCGACUGAUGGUGUUCUUAACUUACUGUAUGAGACCAAGGCCCGCAUGGAUGCUGUUAAAGUCUCUGGUGAGCCGCUAGGUUCAGGAGCAUUUAUGUACCUAACCAAUGAACUGUUUCCCGAAUUUUUUACCCGUAAAACCAACACUAUUAUAGCCGAAAAAACAAGUUGUGUUCUUUCAAAUGUCCCAGGACCUCAAUACUUGCUCACAGUCAACAACUGCCCUAUCAAGUACAUGGCAUUCUGGCCUCCACAGAGAGACAACAUUGGAUUGGGACUGUCUAUUUACACUUAUGCUGGUCAAGUCAUUGUAGGAGUUCAAGGUGAUGUUGCUGUUAUAAGAGAUCCUGAGAUUAUAAUCGAAGAAUUCAAAAAUGCUGUUAAUGAAAUGGCCCAAUGUGUUCUUCACAGCAAGACUGUUGAUAACGCACAUGCUCUCUAA